AUGUUUGGCUUACGAAAUUGUGACUACAAGUGGGGAAUUAAUUAUUGCCGAGAGGGUAGACUAGAAGGAUAUUUAACCAAAAAUAAAAAAAUUUUUUUGAAGGAAGGUGCUCACCAGUCAUUAUUCUUCGGCAUUCCCUGGUCUCUCGGUUCGCUCGGUUUCUUAGUUUCCAUCACCCUCAAAAUUCGAGAAUGCCCUCCUUAUAUCAGAAUUCAAUACCAACCCUGUUAUUCCACGAAAGAAUUGACUGGGCGUAUAGAAGAAUUAAUUAUGAGGAAGAGAACCGAAAAUGAAUUUGUGGAGGCAAUUCAGUAUGAUAAGGAAUGCUCAGUUUUAAUUAGUGGAACUUUUAUUGACAAAAUACCUAGAAAUGAUAGAAAUUAUAAAAAUAAUAUUGGAAGAUGGUACAAGCCUUUCUUUUAUUUAUAUGUGAAGAAAAUGUUGGAAAGUGGAGGGUCUAAAACAGAAUAUAUUCCAACAAACCAAUAUUUUACUCGUCAUUGGCGUUCUCUCUUCUGGGAGCUACGUUCAAUUUUUCCUUCCUUGCUUUUACUAUUCCCCCUUCGUUGGAUUAUUGGAUGGUUUCUGCCGUUGUCUCUUCCUUUUCCAAAAUCUUCUCGUGUUCGUCGACUUUACUCAAAACAACAUGUUUUACAGAAUAUUAUGGUUCCUUUAAGCGAUUUACAAGAAGCGUUGAAACUUGUUGAUAAAGAAAUGAAGAUUUAUCCCCUCUGGCUCUGUCCGUUUCACUUGACAGCUCAUACUGGACUUGUACGGAAUCAACACGGACUUAAACUUAUGUACGUCAAUAUUGGAAUAUAUGGGCAACCACGCUUGACUCAAAGUCAUUUGCCGAACACUAGUUUUGAUGAAGAAGAAAGUAGUUCUAAUACAGUGGUUGAAAAGAUUAAGACAUUGGAGGGUUAUUUGAGAGAAGUUAAGGGGUAA